GAGCGAAUGCAGCAGUGCUGGCACCCGUGGAGUGACCUGGSAGCCUGAUGGCCGUGCUGUGAGUGUGCUGAGCCCUGCCCGCGUGCCGAGCACGCCUCCCGCUCUGCCAUGAAUGAUGCGUCAACCAUGGAUUAUGAACUGUUGUCCCCUUCCUUGGUUGAGCACCCGGCCGGUGCUGCCGGCAUGGAUGCUGAGCAGAAAACCGUCUUCGCCUUCGUCAUCUUCCUCCUGGUCUUCUUGGUGAUGCUGAUGGUGCGCUGCUUCCGCAUCCUGCUGGACCCCUACAGCCGCAUGCCCGCCUCCUCCUGGACUGACCACAAAGAGGGCCUGGAGCGGGGCCAGUUCGACUACGCYUUGGUGUAGGCGCGGGGAUGGCGCGAGCCCAGCAGCUCCACGCKCCCGCUCGGCCCUGCGGCCCCCUGUGGUGUCACCCCCGGCCGCGUGGGGCCGGGGGCCAGGGUGGGUUUUCUAGCGGUUUCUUUCUUUUCUAAGCACUUUCUGAUUUUCCUCCCGAUCUGCAGCCGCCUUGGGGAGCCAUGUUGGAAGGACUAAAGGCAGCUGCCCGGGCCCUUCUGCCCACUCCCCUCGCAGACAGGGCCGCGUGUCAUGGUGAGGGGCAGGUGGCCACGGGGCAGGGCCACCACCCAAGCCCGGGUGGCUCUGCCGGUCACCAGGUUGGAGCUUCGACCUCCCUCUCCUCCUGCCUCUUGUGUUGUCCCUGUGCCCCGGGCCGCACUGAGUCCAUGAGGGGACCCAUGGGCACCGCACCCCAGYGCUGGCUUUGCUGCCCUGACCCAGGCGUGAGAGGAACGAUGGAGACACCUCACGCACCGGCCCCUCAUGGCAGCGCGGCCUCGGCCUGCUCUCUGCUUCGUGCCGUAGCCACCUCUCCCUGCGUGACCUCUGGGAGAUUCCCCCUCCGCCGGCGUAGGCCUGGCAGGAGCCAUUCCCAGCUCCAGUGGGUGCCAAGGGGCCACUCCACAUCCAGCGGUGCUGGGGCCACCAUGUUCCUGGGUUGCAGAUGGGCUGUGUGAGGAGCUGAGGGCCGAACAGAGCUGGGGCUCCCCAUGUGAGGCAGGAGCUGUGCCUGUCUCGCAGGGCACUGCAGCUUGCCACGGGGCUACCA